AUUUUUUGAUCACAUAAAAAUUGAAAAAAGGAAGUCCAUUUGUUUGUGCGUUCUUAAUCCGACGCUCCAUCUUAACUCCUGUCUUUCUCCAUCUCUCUGCAAUCUCCGGUAGAUUCUUCUCCGAGAACAUCUACAGUUCUCUCCCCUAAACCGUCUGUACAACCACCUAGAGACUAAGCUUGCUCGGGAAGUUUUCAUAGAGGUGGCGUGGCGGCUGUUUGUCGGAAUCAAAGCGUUGACUGAUGCAGUCAAUCUCGGUCUCUUCUCGUCUCCGUCCUCUGAUGUGAUGACUGCACUCCACCGUCAAUGGCCGUCUACAUGCUUCAUUUGAGUUUUGUUCUAUUAGUUUUUCUGUCCGCAAACCCUAGAGGCGGCAGCAGUGAAAGUGGCUUACGCAAUGCUGCCCCCGCUGAAGAAUUCGACUCGGACCCCGACUCCUACUUGACUCUCUUCCACCAGGACUACUCUCCGCCUGCCCCACCUCCUCCACCUCCCCAUCCACCGUCCGUGUCCUGCGAGGCUGAUUUGGGGGGUGUUGGUUCGUUGGACACCACGUGUAAAAUAGUGUCUGAUUUGAAUAUUACCAAGAGUGUGUAUAUAGAAGGGAAGGGCGACCUUUACAUUCUCCCAGGUGUCACUGUUAAUUGCACAUUUGCGGGUUGUGAAGUCGGGAUUAAUGUCACUGGGAGCUUCAAGCUCGAUGAAAAUUCUACUAUACUUGCAGGAACUUUUCAGCUGGUUGCUAACAAUGCUACAUUUGGAAACGGGUCUUCUGUGAACACCACUGGGUUAGCAGGCCCUGCUCCGGAACAGACAAGUGGGACCCCUCAAGGCCUAGAUGGAGGAGGUGGGGGUUAUGGAGGUAGAGGGGCGUGUUGUUUGACGGACACAAAGAAGUUGCAGGAGGAUGUCUGGGGAGGGGAUGCGUAUGGGUGGUCUACAAUGCAGUUACCAUUUAGUUACGGAAGUAAAGGUGGAACAAGCAGUAGGGAGGUGGACUAUGGUGGAGGAGGUGGUGGAAGGAUUAUGUUGCUGGUGAAUAGGUUAUUGGAAGUGAACGGCAAGUUGUUGGCAGAUGGUGGCGAUGGAGGUACCAAAGGUGGAGGUGGGUCAGGUGGCAGCAUCUACAUCACUGCUUAUAGGAUGACUGGAACUGGUGAAAUAAGUGCUUGUGGUGGUGAUGGUUUUGCAGGUGGAGGUGGUGGAAGAGUUUCUGUCGACAUUUUUAGCAGACAUGAAGAUCCAAAAAUCUUUGUGUAUGGGGGAAGUAGCCGUGGCUGCUCAGAAAAUGCUGGUGCUGCUGGAACCUUUUACGACAAUGUUCCACGCACCCUCACUGUAAACAACCACAACAAAUCGACAUAUACAGACACACUUCUCAUGGAUUUUCCUCAGCCACUUUUGACUAAUGUUUAUCUUGGUAACCAUGCAAAGGUUACUCUUCCUUUGCUAUGGAGUCGUGUUCAGGUUCAGGGCCAAAUUAGCCUCUUGUAUUAUGCAUCAUUGAGCUUUGGGUUGGCAAAAUAUUCGAUGUCAGAAUUUGAAUUGUUGGCAGAAGAGUUGUUGAUGAGUGAUUCUGUUAUCAAGGUUUAUGGAGCUUUGCGCAUGUCAGUUAAGAUGUUCCUGAUGUGGAAUUCACAAAUGCUUAUUGAUGGUGGUGGCGAUGCCAAUGUUGAAACAUCAUUGCUUGAGGCGAGCAACCUGAUUGUUCUUAAGGAAUCUUCCUUAAUACACUCUAAUGCAAAUCUUGGUGUUCAUGGGCAAGGUUUACUGAAUUUGUCCGGAGCCGGGGAUUGUAUUGAAGCUCAACGACUGGUCUUGUCAUUGUUUUAUAGCAUUCAUGUUGGACCAGAAUCAGUAUUGAGAGGCCCCUUACGAAAUGCCACAACUAAUGCUUUGGCACCAAAGUUAAACUGUGGUACUGAUGAUUGCCCCAUUGAACUGCUUCACCCUCCUGAAGACUGCAAUGUCAAUUCUUCACUAUCUUUCACUUUGCAGGUCUGCCGGGUUGAGGAUAUCCUUGUUGAAGGACUUAUAGAAGGAUCUGUGGUUCAUUUUCACAGAGCAAGAACCGUCUCUGUGAAGCUUAAUGGGAAUAUUAGCACAUCAGGAAUGGGCUGUGCUGGUGGCUUGGGGCAUGGGCAAGUUCUUAGCAAUGGUCUAUCUGGUGGCGCUGGUCAUGGUGGCAGAGGUGGAAGUAGAUGCUCCAAUGGCAGCUGUGCAGAGGGAGGCAUAUCAUAUGGAAACCCCUAUUUGCCAUGCGAACUUGGUAGUGGAAGUGGAAAUGAGAGCUUAGCCGGGUCAACUAUCGGUGGUGGUAUCUUGGUCAUUGGUUCAUUGGAGCAUCCUUUGUCAAGUUUGUAUGUCGAAGGCUCAGUUAAAUCUGAUGGAGAUGGAUUCGGAGGGAGUUUGGCUGGAGAGUUUGCAAAUAAAGAGGACCUGAAUGUUGGACCAGGUGGUGGAUCUGGUGGGAGUAUACUAUUAUAUUUGCAUUCUCUUGAUCUCAUCGAGUCAGCCAUUUUGUCAAGUGUUGGUGGUUCUGGCAGUCCAAUGGGGGGAGGUGGUGGUGGUGGAAGAAUCCAUUUUCAUUGGUCUGAUAUUCCUACAGGGGAUGUGUAUCAGCCCAUUGCUAACAUAAAAGGGAGCAUCUACACCAGUGGAGGGCUGGGUGGAAAGCAAGGAGGAAGUGGUCAAAAUGGGACAGUAUCUGGCAAAGCCUGCCCAAAAGGGCUUUACGGAAUAUUCUGUGAACCAUGUCCACUUGGAACUUUUAAGAAUGUUACUGGAUCUGAUGGAGACCUUUGUACUUCAUGCCCAAAGGAUGAUCUUCCAAAUCGUGGAGUUUAUGUUUCUAUCCGAGGUGGCGUUACUGAGCUACCUUGUCCAUACAAAUGCAUUUCAGAGAGAUAUCACAUGCCUCAUUGCUAUACAACUCUGGAAGAAUUGGUUUACACAUUUGGAGGGCCGUGGCUAUUUGGUCUUCUUCUCUUGUUUGUCUUGAUUCUGUUAGCCCUGGUUUUAAGUGUGGCUCGGAUGAAGUUUGUAGGGGUUGAUGAGUCACCUGGCCCUGGCCCCACACAACAGGGUUCACAAAUUGAUCACUCUUUUCCGUUUCUUGAGUCCCUAAAUGAGGUUUUGGAAACAAACCGUGUUGAGGAAUCCCAGAGCCAUGUGCAUAGAAUGUAUUUCAUCGGUUCAAAUACAUUCAGUGACCCUUGGCAUUUACCUCAUACACCUGCGGAGCAAAUAAAAGAGAUUGUAUACGAGAGUCCCUUCAAUAAUUUUGUGGAAGAGAUCAAUGCUAUUGCUUCAUAUCAGUGGUGGGAAGGAGCAUUGUAUAGCAUCAUCUGUAUUCUUGCAUAUCCUCUUGCAUGGUCAUGGCAGCAAUGGCGGCGUAGAAUAAAGUUGCAACGCCUCCGUGAAUUUGUUAGAUCAGAAUAUGACCAUGCUUGCUUACGUUCUUGUCGAUCACGUGCACUGUAUGAAGGACUGAAGGUAAACGCAACUCCAGAUUUAAUGCUGGCAUACAUGGACUUUUUUCUCGGUGGAGAUGAAAAAAGAAGUGAUCUUCCUCCCCGUCUUCAUCAAAGGCUUCCUAUGUCUCUAUUGUUUGGUGGUGAUGCAAGCUAUAUGGCUCCAUUCUUGCUUAACAAUGACAAUAUUAUCACCAGCCUCAUGAGUCAGUGUGUCCAACCAACUACGUGGUAUCGAUUUGUAGCUGGUUUGAAUGCACAAUUGCGUUUGGUACGUCGGGGUUGUUUUAGAAAAACAUUUCGCCCUGUUCUUAGAUGGCUUGAGGACUUUGCCAAUCCAGCUUUAAGAGAGCAUGGUAUAUUUGUUGAUCUUGUUUGGUCUCGAGCCACCACUGGCAUUUAUAUCCAAUAUGGGCUUUUGGUACGUGCUGUUGAAGAAGUUGAGCAAAGGCCUUGUGAAGGUCUUAAUGGAGAAUGUAGAAGUGUUUUUUCAUGUGGUAGCAGUAUGUAUGGUGAGAUUCCAUGUGACCAAAUGAAGGAAGACUUAAUCUCAAAUGAAGUGCGUGGAGGCUCUUUAAAGCGGAAAGCCUAUGGCGGUAUUUUAGAUAUCAAUGGCUUAAAGAUGCUUAAGGAGAGAAGAGAUUUGUUUUAUGUCCUCUCUUGUCUAAUUCAUAACACAAGACCAGUUGGUCACCAGGAUGUUGUUGGGCUGGUAAUCUCGAUGCUGUUACUUGGAGAUUUUAGCUUAGUGCUGCUAACAUUUCUCCAGCUGUAUUCAGUGUCAAUGGCACAUGUCUUUCUGGUUUUGUUCGUUUUACCGCUUGCACUAUUACUCGCGUUCCCCGCCGGGAUCAAUGCUUUAUUUAGUCAUGGACCGAGGCGUUCUGCUGCCCUUGCACGUAUAUAUGCUUUGUGGAACAUCACAUCACUGAUUAAUGUUGUGGUUGCAUUUAUUUGCGGAUAUGUGCAAUAUUACACCCAAUCAAGCAAGAAACUUCCAUACUUUCAGCCAUUGAACAUGGGAGAAAGCGUAUGGUGGAUAUUCCCAUUUGCGUUGGUGGUGUGCAAGUGUAUCCAAUCACGACUCAUAAAUUGGCAUGUUGCUAAUCUAGAGAUUCAGGACAGGUCAUUGUAUACUAAUGACCCCGAACUGUUUUGGCAAUCCUGAUUGGUUCUACUCUUCACUCAGUGUCCUCUUCCACUAACACCCACCGUUUUAUUAUGGGUACAUUUUAUUCUCUUUUUCUCCUUUUUUUGGUAAAAACCAUGAACACCAAAUGAGUAAGAGACUACACAAGAGUAGAAAGUAAAUUUUCUGUAGAAAAAGUGGUAAAAAUAUAUAUGAAAAAACAGAUAGGGACCAAUCAGAUGAUUCAGAUGCAUUUUAUCAUGUAAUCUUUAUUUUGAUUGUGCAGUUAAGUUAGUUGAUGGUAGUAGUUCUUGUGUGUAAAUAUGAAGUAGGAUUUUUACUCGACAAGGUGAUAUUUGUAAUUUCACAAUCUCUGAUAAUAUUUUGGGUAAAGAUGUACUGAGUUCUUACUGGCCGCCUUUAAAUAAUACUACGUAGUAG